AUGCCCCGAGCGUCCAGUUCACCACCGCCAAAGACGAAACGCACGAGCGCAUGUCUCCACUGUCGCCGCCAGAAGCUCAAGUGCGACGGGACGCCAGACUCACCGUGUAGCCGGUGUCGCGACGACGGGGUGGAGUGUAUCGUCCGGCCGCGCGCAAAUGCCGCCAUCCUAACAGACGAUCUGCGGUGGCAGCAGAGCGUCGAGGCGCGCCUACAGAGUCUGAGUACCGAGAUUGAGGCCGUCAAAGCACAGAACGACGAGCUGCACCGCCGGCUCGAGCCAAGGAGCAGUGGAAGUGUGAAGGAGCCCAAGGUCACGGCCGUUCCCUCCCCUCCCUCUCCGCCGAGCACUGCGCCGACAGUCACGGCGACUCUUCCGGCACACCUCACCACGUUGCGGGAUAUUCUCCAGCUCGCACUGACCGAGCUGGAACGCCCAACUCGACUGGACGUGAGCAUAGAUGACGCGGCGGUGUUGUGGGAAUAUUUCUACGACUCCAUGGCCAUCUUCCAUGGUUUUACGGCGUCGACAGAGCUCGCAACCCCUUCCCCACUCCUGUUUACGGCGGUCGUCACUGCGUCCGCCAAACGGUUGACGGGCCGGCGACUGCGAACCCCCGUCGAGCUAUGGGAGGAGCUGUUCCAGCGCGCCCUCGUACGUCUCCUCUACGUGACUGUCCCGAAGACGUGGGACGACGUUGUCGGGCUUGGAAUUGCACGUACAUGGUUCUGGAAGGCCGACGAGAUCACCAGCGGGCUAGUGUAUGGCGCGUUCGUCGAGACAUCCACACCGGACCGGGGUGAUUUCCGCGAUCGACGCGUAUGGGACUUUAUCGAGAUGACGACCGUGUCGCAUGGCAUCCUUCACCUCUCCGUCCCAAUCGUUCCCGAGACGCCGCCGCCCGGUGUUCCAGCCCGGAGUGCGAGCCACGUCCUUCUCUCUGCACUGAACGAGCUGUUCGACUCGCUCGGCCACCUCAACCGCGCAAUCACCAGCGCACGCUCCCUAGUCAUGACGGCCCUCAUGGGCCAAGCCGGCAGUCCUUUGACUUAUGCUGAAGUCAUGGUACUCCGGCGCUGCCGCGACGACUUGGAGCGCUGGCGCCCCAAAUGGUUAUACGAGAUUCAGAAUGCAGAGGCGGCCAAGCUGCCCACAGGCAGUGGGCGCGAGUUUCUCCUUGACCUCGUGACGCUGUAUUACCGCGUCGCAUCGGUCGUCGUGGAUGGAUACCUCGACCAGGCGGCGCAGCCCGAUACCGCGCAGUACAUGACGAGUUGCCGCGAGCUGCUCAACCUCGUUGUGGGCAAGUGGAGCACUUCGCUGCACCUGUGGCCCAAAUUGUUUCUUCACUCCGCACUCAUCGCCACACUCGCCCUCCCCAAGGACGACCCCCUCGUGCGCCGGGCCCACGACAAAUUUGUCUCGCUCGCCCACAUGCUCCUCACGUCUGGCGGCAAGCUCCUCCACCGCCUCAUGGAACGGAUGCAUGAGGAGAAUGGCGUCCUGGCACCCAUAGAGGUGGUGUUCACGCCUAUCCCCGACCUGGACUUGCCAACUGUCAUGGCGUACACGGGGAGCGACAGUUUCUGGGCCGACCUGAGCGGUGUGCUGGGCCUGCCCCACGGUGAUCUCUCCACGCCCAUGCAUGUCGAGGGGCAGUGGGCGCAGCAAUGGGGGGUGCAGCAGUAG